AUAUUCAACAUGGCGGAAGUGGAGUUUGAGGAAAGUUAGCAUCGUUUGUUGCCUCCAAAUCGUGAAGUACAUCGCAAGAUGACGCGCUGGGUGCCCACCACUACGAGGAAAUAUGCCGUAGCUAUCUACAAUUACCAUGGCAAUGGGGAGACCAAACUAGACCUGACUGUUGGGGACACGCUGCAUAUACUGGAGGAGAAUGAUGGCUGGUUCAGAGGCUCCAAGCUGCGGAACAAGUCAGUCAAGGGAAUCUUCCCCACCAGCUAUGUGCACAUCAAACAGGCACAGGUGGAGAAUGCAGGGAAGUACAAUGAAACCGUGGCACCAAAAGAUCCAAAGGUGGUGCAAGAAAUGACAACAGUGCUGAGAGAAUGGGGAGUUAUAUGGAAACAGCUUUACGUGAGACACAGUAUGGACCUGUUUGACACAGUCAGGAAGAUGAUGUAUGAGAUGAUUGACUGGCGGAGACAGAUCAUGUCAGGGACCUUACCUGUGGAUGAACUCAAGGAGCUGCAGCAACUGGUCACCUCCAAGAUAGACUUUGGCAACAGGUUACUGGGACUAGACCUGGUGGUGAGGGAUGAACAGGGAGGAAUCCUGGACCCUGAGACAACAGGGACCAUCAGCCUGUACAGAGCUCAUGAGACAGCCACUGAGAGGAUCCAGCGGGAGAAGUCCAUGCAGGGUGUGCAGAGGUUGUCCCAGACCCAGGCCACCUCCCAUAACCUGUAUGUGGUGGUGAAGAACUUUGUGUGCAGGGUGGGGGAGGACGCAGAUGUCUUCAUGGCCCUGUACGAUGCCAAGGAAAAUAGGUUCAUCAGUGAGAACUAUGUGGUGAGCUGGAGCCCACAGGGCAUGCCCAAGGACAUUGAGAUGCUGAACAACCUCAGGGCAAUCUUCACGGACCUUGGACAAUACGAUCUCAGAAGAGAAAAGAUAUGUCUGCUGUGUCAGAUCAUCAGAGUAGGAAGGAUGGAUCUGAAAGAGGCAGACAACAAGAAGUUCACAAAUGGCCUAAGAAGACCAUUUGGAGUUGCAGUGAUGGACAUUACAGAUGUAGUAAAUGGCAAAAUGGAGUCAGACAUUGAGAAACAACACUUCAUACCAUUCCAACAAGUCUCUGGGGACAAUGACUUUCUGGAGGGAGUUAUCAAGAAGGUAGUGUCAGCCAGGGGGGAGCUGAACCACAAGGGACAAGGAUUGUGGGUUUCCAUGAAAAUGCUGGAUGGAGAUAUUAAACAGGUGCGGAAGGAGUACCCACAUCUGGUAGAUGGCAGGACAGCUGUUGCUCGAAAGAUGGGCUUCCCAGAAGUCAUCAUGCCUGGUGAUGUCAGGAAUGACAUGUACGUGACGCUGGUGUCUGGGGAGUUUGACAGAGGGACCAAAGCUCGGAACAAGAACGUGGAAGUGACGAUGUGUGUGUGCAAAGAUGAUGGUUCAGUAGUACAGAAUGUGAUCUUCACGGGUGCUGGUGUUCCCCCUGUGAGUGAGUACAAGUCAGUGAUCUACUACCAGCAGAAACAGCCACGCUGGAUGGAGACCAUCAAGGUGGCCAUCCCCAUCGAGGACUUCUACGGCUCCCACCUCAAGUUUGCCUUCCGACACAGGUCUUCCAUGGAAGAGAAAGAUCGUAAGGAGAAGAUUUUUGCCAUUGCGUACGUACAUCUGAUGAUGCAGGAAGGGACCACACUCAGGGAUGGCAAACAUGACCUGGCAGUCUACAAGUGUGAGAGAAAUAAGCCAGAUGAGGCCAAGGUUUACCUGAGUCUGCCUGCCCUGGACAGACAGGGUGUGACUAACAACAACAGCAAGUCCACCCUGCAUGCUGGCAGCCUGUCUCUCAGUAAGGACAGCUUCCAGAUCCAGACGUUAGGCUGCUCCACCAAACUCACACAGAACGUUGACCUGUUGGGGCUGCUGAAAUGGCGAGCGAACCCCGGGAACCUGAAGAACAGUCUGCUGUCACUCAUGAAGGUGUGCGAGGUCAGCGGAGAGGAGGUCGUCAAGUUCCUUCAAGAUGUCUUGGAUGCUCUGUUCAACAUCCUUAUGGAGAACCAAGACUCAGACUUGUAUGACAACCUAGUCUUCGAUGCACUGAUUGGUGUGAUUGGUCUGAUCGCUGACCGGAAGUUCCACCAGUUCCACCCAGUCCUGGACACAUACAUCAGGGAGCAUUUCAGUGCCACACUGGCUUACAAUAAACUGAUGGUGGUUUUGAAGUACUACAUCGACAAUGCUAAUGAGCGGGAUAACCAUGAGUCUCUCCUGAAGGCCAUGAAGUCUCUACAGUACAUCUUCAAGUUCAUUGUCAGAUCCAGAGUGCUCUACUCACAGUUGUAUGAGGGGAAAGGCAAGCAGCAGUUUGAGGCAGCAGUCCGCCAUCUCUUCCAGUCUCUGAAUGGCAUGAUGACAUACACAUCUGACUCUACAGUAGGGGUGCAGAGAGUAAUCAAGGGGGCAGCACUGAGAUACGUUCCCACAGUCAUCCCUGAUGUCAUCACAGUGUUCGAUCCAAAGGAACUGAGCCUCCUGCUGAAGGAUUUCAUCAACAACAUUCCCCCUGACCGGCUGGUGAAACAGAAGGUACAGUGUAUGAACAACAUCGUCCACAGUGACCUCUUCAGAUUAUCAGAGUGCCGAGGUAUCCUCCUGCCCAUGAUGAUGGCCCAGUUGAAGAAGCUUAUCGAGAGGAAGGAGGAAAUGCCAGACUGUGUGAAGAUGCUGAGUGACGUGUUAGACCGCCUCAACAGGAAAGACGUGGGUCCCAUCCACGGUGACAUGGAGAUAGUGAUGAAAGAGAUCCUCAGGACAGUGAUACAGACAGUCAUCUUCAUGGACAGGGAUGCUCCUCUUAUCGGUUCAUUUGUGGCGUGUAUGACGGGCAUCCUGCGUCAAAUGAACGAGUACCACUACCAGGCUUACAUUGAUGCCUUCCCCAGCAGAAGUGAUCUACUGGACUUUCUGAUGGAGAUCUUCAUGGUGUUCCGUGACCUGGUCAGUAAGAACGUGUACCCCAGGGACUGGGUGGUCAUGACCAUGCACCAAAACCAUGUUGUCCUGACUGCCAUCAAGUAUUUCACACAGACGCUACACAAAUCCUUCCUGGAUGAGAACAACUUUGAAUACCAGCUGUGGAACAAUUUCUUCCACCUGGCCGUGUCCUUCCUCACCCAGGAGUCACUACAGCUGGAGAACUUCUCUCAUGCCAAGAGAAUGAAGAUCAUCAACAAGUACCAGGACAUGAGAAGGGUGAUAGGGUUUGAAAUCCUGUCCAUGUGGUUCAACCUCGGUCAACAUAAGAUCAAGUUCAUCCCAGAAAUGGUUGGCCCAAUGCUGGAGAUGACUUUGAUCCCAGAGACAAAGCUGAGAGAGCACACCAUCCCCAUCUUCUUUGACAUGAUGCAGUGUGAGUUUGCAACCAGAGGAAACUUCAACCAGGUGGAGAAUGAGAUCAUCACCCAGCUGGAUCACCUGGUGGAAGGAGGGCGCGGUGAUGACCAGUACAAGGAGCUGUUCUACAGGAUUAUCUCGGACCACUGUCAGAAGCACCGGUACCUGCGGCAGCGGGGCCUGUACUUUGUGGACCUGGUGAACCGGCUGCUGGAGAGACUGCUGGACUACAGGACCAUCAUGAACGAUGAGAACAGGGAGAACAGGAUGAGCUGCACCGUCAACCUCCUCAACUUCUACAAGGAGAUCAACAGACAGGAGAUGUACAUCAGGUAUCUGUACAAGUUGUGUGAUCUCCAUCUGGAGUGUGACAACUACACAGAGGCUGUAACUCUCCUGCUGCAUGCCACACUACUCAAGUGGACAGACGAACCCCUCAUCACAACUCAUGACAAGUACCCGGAGGCACAGACACACAGACAGCUCAAGGAGAUGCUCUACUACGACAUCAUUGAGUACUUUGACAAGGGCAAGAUGUGGGAGGAGGGCAUCAGACUGUGUAAGGAGCUGGCUUCCCAGUACGAGAACGAGACUUUCGACUUCCUCAACCUCAGCCUCAUUCUGCAAAAGCAGGCCAUGUUCUAUGACAACAUCAUGAAGACCAUGAGGCCAGACCCUGAGUACUUCAGAGUGGGGUACUUUGGACAGGGAUAUCCCAGUUUCCUCAGGAACAAGGUGUUCAUCUACAGAGGGAAGGAGUAUGAGCGUCUGGGUGACUUCACCUCCCGGCUGCUCAGCCAGUUCCCCCAUGCACAGCCCAUCAACAAGGUCACCGCUCCCGGCCCAGAAAUACUGGAAUCUCCCAGUCAACACCUGCAGAUCUUUAAGGUGGACCCAAUCCUGGAGGAAAGGAGGGAGUUCAGAGGGAAGCCUGUAGCUGACCAGAUUCUCAACUUCUACAAGGUCAACGAGGUUCAGAAGUUCACCUUCUCCAGGCCAAUCAGAAAGGGCGAUCGAGACAGUGACAACGAAUUUGCGAACAUGUUUCUAGAAAGAACUAACUAUGUGACAGCCUACAAACUUCCUGGUAUCCUCAGAUGGUUCGAAGUCACCUCUACAAACACUUUUGAAGUGAGCCCACUGGAAAACGCCUGUGAGAUCAUAGAGAACGCCAACACGGAGCUGAGACAUCUUAUCGAGCAGCAGCGGGCAGACCCCACACUCACAGUCAACACACUCAGCCUUAGACUCAACGGCAUCAUUGAUGCUGCUGUCAUGGGUGGCACAGCUAAGUAUGAGAAGGCAUUCUUCACAGAAGAGUACAUGGCCAGCCACCCUGAAGACCAUGCCAGAAUUGAGAGACUGAAGGACCUGAUCGCCUGUCAGAUCCCCCUCCUGGAGGCAGGGCUGAAGGUCCACGCACAGAAAGCACCCGACUCUCUCAGGAAACUACAGGAGAAAAUGGACUCUCUCUUUGUGGACAUGAAGACCCGUGUUGAAUCUGAGUAUGGGAAAAAGCCUCCGAUGGACGAGACAACGCGAACCAGACCGAUGUCGCUGGUGUGGAUCACGAGGAACAAGCCUGUGGACCGACCAGUCUCCACUAUCUCUACCUCAUCCACCUCUUCUGAUGGACCCAUCAACUCCAGGGACAGGCCUUCCACUCCAGAGACAGGCUUAGGUCCUCCUCAGCUGCCCCCCAAGUACGAGAAGUCGGUCCGGCACUCCGGCCAACAACAAGGCAAGAGCUCCCCAGUCAAGAACUGGGUCAGCAAAACCCGAGAAGCUAACGCUGCAGCAGACGGACCUGUGGUGGAACUGAACCAGACGUUGAAGGCAGCCCGUCCGAUGAGACCUGUCAGUCAGCCACGGAUUUCUCUUACCAAGCAGAACGGUGUGCCAGGGCCAGCCACCCCCCCUCCAAAGGUGAAUCGGGAUGUGAACCGGUCUGCAAGUCCUGCUGCAAGUGUCUCUUCAACAAGUUCAUCGUCCAGUGAUGUGCCGCCCCCACUGCCAGAGAAGAAGGCUUACGCUGACUAUGGAAACAUUGCAGAGGAUGAGGAUGAGCCUGCUUUACCGGCUCCCAUGAGGAUUUCUUCUCUCCCCAAGAGCAAGAGCAAGCCAGUGCCACCUCUCCCCAUAAAGGAGUCUGGCGGAGACCCUUCCCAAACUCCACCUCUACCCAAAAAACCCUCCCGACACCCAUCAGGACAACAACAGCAGUAGACAAACAAGACAGGCAGCCCAGUCCGACAACGGGCAUGAUGUACCGUGGUGCUAUCCGUACAGACAGGAGACAUAGAGGAUGAAGUCUUCCAGGCUCACUUUGUCUUGGUGUAUAGGCAGAACCACCCCCCACCCCCCUUGAAAGAAAGUACUGCAAAGCUACCUGUAGUACCAGUAUUUCAGACAUAGCUUGAGCAGUUAUAGCUGUCACAGUCAGCUAUAUGUAUGAUAAUCAUCAGGCAGGCAUCCCCAAUACUCAAGACUGGAGCAAAUCUAUAUCUUGUUGGCACCACAGCUGUGGGCCAGCACCAAAUGGUAACAUCCAUGACAGGUUGUACAUACUAAACAGUUGUUGUGUAUAUUGUAUUGUGUACUGUAACUCUGCCUACAUACAGAAGGACAGUUUGGAGUAUGAAUUAAUGGAUUUCACAGUUACUAGCAUUGUUUAUAACUUUAUAACAUUGCUUUCCAUCCAGUCAAGCAGAAAUGACAUUUUAUGUAAUGUCCUGACAAAAAAACUUUUGUUACUAGUAUCUGAAUCAUGGUAAAAGUGUAACAGAGAACUUUUCCUCCCUAGACAUGACUGAUGUUAGGAGAAACCUUCCUGUGGAAGAGUCUGUAAGAACUGUGUGAAAAGAAUUCAAUGUUUUGGGGAAAAACAACUUUAAAUGGUAAUAGAUGAUAAACAAAUUCAUAGGAAAACUAGUGAUAAUAAUGUAACAUUUGAAGGAAUUGCACACAGUCUAAAAAUUAUUGAAACAGAGGCCAUAUCCAAAGGAUAAAUAUAGUUAAAUUGACUACUCAUAACAUAACUCACUAACUGUCCCUUUGAUAUUUGGAAAGACUAUUUUUCAAAUAAUGGAAUCAGAUGAAACACAUUGACUGUGAUGGAACAAUUGUACCCACAACAUUGUGCCAUAGUUAUUUGUCAUGUUGGCACAAUGAUCUACAUGUAGGUAUUUCAUGAACUUCUUUAACUUCCUUGCUGAUCAAAUCUAAAUUUAGUGAAUGUUACUGGCCCACAGCAGUGGAAAUGUCAAUGUUGAUACAUGUGCUUGUAUACUUCUACUGUACAUGUAUAUACCCUGGUCCUUCUAUUCUCUUGACACAUUGUUGUGUGUUAAGCUGCUUGAAAGCUGCCAUGUUCAUGUUUGCCAUGCAUUUUGAUCACUGUAUUAUAAACAAAUUGGCACAUCUGAAAGAAGAAAAUGAAUUGUGGUUGUGUACAUGUAGGUAGAGAGAAAAACCUUGGGAGUUAGUUGGGACUAUUGUUGUGACUUCUAACAUUGCAUCAGGAGUCAAGAAAGUAAAUCCAAUGGACAAUAUUCAAGCAUCCCACAUUUACACAAGGACAAAAAGGAACCUGAAUUCUCAAUGAUGAUGUAUAUGUGUAAAUAUGCCUGUUUCAAAAGGAUUUCUAAAUCAAAACUGACAGUUUAUUGGAAACAUUAACAAUUAUUGUAUGAAAUAAAAAUUAGAUAUACAUGAUUGAAGAAACUUAGAUUAUCUAUUACUGAAAGGACAAAUUACUAAGAAGGACAUUUACUAAAAGAAAGAUUCUAAAAAAAGUUUUUAAAUUACAGUGUUACUACAUGUGUCUACUUUAUUCAUGUCAAUUUUGAAGUAUCCUUGGCAACUGACAAAAUGUUUUGCAUCACGAAAUUGCUAAAUCUCCCUUAAGGUAACAUCAAAUUUGAUAAUUAUAAUGUCUUGCAGAUCCCCUCAACUACAUGACAUUGUAUAUGCUUAGCCUGCCACUUGUUUAUUGAAACAGGAUUCAUUUAGAAGAUGUCUGUUGAACCUUAACACCUGUAAAUCCGUGCCAUGGAAUCUACAUGUAAAUGAGAUAAAUGUAUAGAUAACAUCAAAGUUGAUAUGUCUAAGGAGUAGUCUAAUGACAAGAGUCUUAGGUAUGAUGAUACUGACCACAUGUAGUAUUUUUACAAUGUAGUGUUCUAAGAGUACACUGUACAUGUAUGUGUCUGUCAAUGCAUGGAUUGCUAUGAUCUCAGCUCCAAAAGGUUUUCCUUCAUUUCUGAAAAUAAUGGCAACACAGUUUCCAUCUGUCUUUCACAGGUCUUCUAGCUAGCACAGUUUGUAUCAACAGCUCUGAUUGGCAUGAUUGUAUUUGAUUCAAGAAGCAUCUUUCAUUUCUGAGAACCAAUAGGAACUGAGAUUAUAUUUUCCCGUAGAUACAGGGGCAGGGCACACUUGGAAACAGUGUUUGACAUUGGUUGUAUAACAUUUUUAAUGCCCAGAGGUGGAUAUGAUAGAUUGUGUUGUGACUAAUCCAGUAACCACAUUGUAGGCCUCUAUUUGUUUUGUAUACCACACUUCUUGAUUUUCCCAAAUACUAGUGAUGGGUGAACAAUAUUUUGUUCUUACUUCACUUCCCUUCCCCAAAUUAUCCCUUGCUUACAAAGCUUUCUCAAGUAUUUUCUGUCUUCUGUCGCUGAGCAUUAGAGCCAGAGACAUGGUAUAGAAUUUGACAAAAAGCUUUUGUAAUUUUAUAUUUCUCCACCAACUAGAUAAAUCAUAGACAUGUUAGGUAUAGAUAAAUUUGUUCUCGGCAAGUAUUUUGAUGAAGGAUUGUCUUAGUAUGAAAGGGUCCAUUGAUUUGGUAAUUCUCCAUUUGUAUUUGUUGUUUUCCUUUUAUGAUUUGGAAACAUGUAAAUAACAAUGCUGAUACUGGCUAAAUGUAAUAACAGAGCAAUUUUAUUUAUUGUUGUAUACAAAUAUGGUCAGAAGACAUUUGCCGUGUGACUCUGGGCCUAUUGUCCUUGAAAAUUGAAAUCGAAAUUUCUACUCUUCUGAAGGCACAAAUUUUAAUAUGAAGAUGAAUCACAUUGUAGGCUUAGGUUUUAGUUAUAACAUGGUGUACUUUUAACAAUAUUGUCUGGAAUCUAACAUAAGUGUCAUAGUUGUCAGUAAUGGUAAAUUCUAACCUUAUGUAGGUUGUAGAGGAGGGGACUCAAUAUUAUUGAUAGAUUACUAUAUAAUAGAUAAUGGUAGAGAUACAAAUGUAUGAAGUACAUGGUGGUGAUGUUUUGAAGGGUAUGUAAGUUGUACUGUAGAUACUUGUACUUUGUUUCAGAUAUGACUGUGUUUCUGUACUGUCUCCUGUGUGAGAUGCUUUGUGCUUUUUAAACGGAUUCAGACUUUGAAUGGGGGCUAUUAUCCAGCUAUACUGAGAAGCCCAAUGUUGUUCUUGACCGAAUGUGACAGUGCAGGGCCUUUUGAAGAUACAUUAGAUGUUUCUUUGGAGAUCGAAAAUUAUGUUUUUAUAUAUGAUUGUUGUUUUUUUUUUACAGUUGGGAAGCACCAGAAUGUUGGUAGUUUUUAACACUUUUGUUUGCAUGGCUGUUAUUUUUAUGGGGGAAAUCCUACUUGUAAGGAGAGUAUGGGCAGGAUCCUUUCACUGAAUGGUUUGUAAUAUAGCUGUAUAAGAUGUAAGAAUGAUUAACUCCCCUUGGAACAUUUUAAUUACUAUGAAAAGCAAUAAAAUGGAUCAUGUAUUGUCAUUGUCAGUAAAAAUGGUGUGGUCUUUGUC